GAAAUAAUUGUGCAGGAUAAUGUACUGGAUGCUAUAAAAGAGAUAUAGAAAUUACCGUAAUGAUAUGUUUGAAUUUUAGAAAAGUGAGUAGCAACCAAUUUUAUCAGAUAAACAAAUAGAAUCCUCUUAUAAACAAAGUUCAAAAAAUAAUGUUUAAUAGAAUACAUUAUAGAUGGGAAAUAAGUGUUUAUCAUCAAAACUAAUCACGAAAAGCUUUUUUGAUAUGGUUGAAGAUAAAUAAAAAAAGGUAAAAGCCAUAGUUACAAUAUAAUCUCACUGGAGAGGAUAUAAAGUCAGGAAAGAAACUUAUUCAAUGAGAAAGAGUUAAACCAAUUUAACUAGUCAAGUAAGUAAAUCAACAGGUAGUUACUUUGAUAGAUUAGAAAAUGAGUCAAAAUCAUAAAAGUAUUAAAGUGUUGAUUCUAUAGAUUGAUUAAAUUAUAUAAUGGAUAGUGGUUAGGUAAUGAAAGACAUGGAUAUGGGAUUUAAAAAUGGCAUGAUGGAGCUUAUUAUGAAGGAGAAUGGCAACAUAAUAAAGCUAAUGGGAAGGGAAUAUUUCAUCAUGCAGAUAAAAUAGAAUAUGAUGGAUAUUGGAGGAAUAAUAAAGCAUGUGGAUAUGGAAUAUUGAAAUCCCCUAAUGAACCUUAUUAUGAAGGAGAAUGGGAAGAUGAUUAUUAACAUGGAUUUGGUAAAGAGAAAUGGGCUGAUGGAUCAUGUUAUGAAGGUUAAUAUGUAAAAGGUAAUAAAUGUGGUAAGGGUAAAUAUAUAUGGAGUGAUAAAAGUUAUUAUGAGGGAUAAUGGUUGAAUAAUAAAAUACAUGGAUAUGGUGUUUAUCAUUGGAUUGAUGGGAAAGGGUAUGUUGGAGAAUGGAAGAAUGGUAUGAUGAAUGGAUAAGGAGAAUAUAAUUGGAUCGACGGUCGAAAAUAUACUGGAAAUUAUUUGAAUGACUAAAAGCAUGGAUAUGGAGUAUAUCGUUGGGUUGAUGGUAAGGAAUACAGAGGAGAAUGGAAAUUUGGAUAAUAACAUGGAGAGGGUAUUUACAUUACAGUUGAUGGAAAGACUAGAAAGGGAAUAUGGUAGGAUGGUAAACUAGUUAAAUGGAUUAUAUGA